GUUUUCGCGAACCUAACCGACUCCAUUUCCCAAGUGGCGAGCUCGACGAGCGGAGGAGGAGAGAGAGGGUAGUUACCGGCCGCGUUGGGGCGAAGCGGGCGGCGCCGGCGAGGAGGAGAGGGGGGCAGCCGCGGGAAUGGGGGGAGGGGGAGUGGAGGAGAGGAGGGUGGUGGACUUGGAGGAAGGGGAUGGGGAGGAAGGGGAGGAUGCGGUGGCGGUGGCGGCGGCGGCGGGGGAGUCGAGCAGGGAGACGCGGAUGCUGCCGAAGAUGCCGGUGCGGGUGCUGCUCGCCGAGGGCGACGACUCCACGCGCCACAUCAUCUGCGCGCUGCUCCGCAAGUGCGGCUACCGAGUUGCUGCCGCCUCUGAUGGUGUGAAGGCGUGGGACAUACUAAAGGAAAAAUCUUUCAAUAUAGACCUUGUUUUAACUGAAGUUGAACUUCCCUUGAUGUCUGGGUUCCUGCUGCUCUCCACGAUCAUGGAACAUGACGCAUGCAAGAAUAUCCCUGUCAUAAUGAUGUCUUCAAAUGAUUCUGUUAGCAUGGUUUUCAAAUGCAUGCUAAAGGGUGCUGCAGACUUCCUUGUUAAGCCAAUAAGGAAGAAUGAGUUAAGGAACUUGUGGCAGCAUGUUUGGAGAAAACAGCUGUCAAAUGGUGGUCUUGAUAUGCAGCAUACUCAACAAGAAGAUAAUAUUACAGAAAGACAUGAGCAGAAGACUGGAAUCACAAAAGCGGACCAUGUGACUGAAAAUGAUGAUCCCAAAAACAUGGAAUGCAGUGAACAAGAAAGUGAUGCUCAGAGUUCUUGUACAAGGUCAGAACUGGAGGCUGACAGUAGGCACACCAACAAUUUACUGGAAUAUAAGCAGCCCAUGGGAAGGUUCUCAAAGCCUGACCAAAGAAACACCGAGAAAAAUGGAGGGACUAAACUUCAAGCAAUUAAUGAUGGUAACUUGGUUCCAAGGAGGGAGGAGGAUGCAUCACCAAUGAGGAUGACAUAUUCGAAUGAUAUUAAUUGUGAGAAACCCUCCAGAGAUAUGGAGCUAGUUCAUAUCAUUGAUAAUCAGCAGAAGAAUAACACACAUAUGGAGAUGGAUGUUGCGAGAACAAAUUCCCGUGGAAAUGAUGACAAAUGCUUCUCCAUCCCAGCACACCAGUUGGAACUUUCUCUCAGAAGAUCUGACUACAGUAGAUUAGAGAACCAGGAGAAGAAUGAACGAAGAACACUGAACCACUCAACUUCAUCUCCAUUUUCCUUGUACAACUGCAGGACUGCAUUAUCUACUGUUAAUGCUGGUGAUGCUCAGGCAUGUAGCACCUCAGCAACACAUAAGGAUCUCGAAAACAAACAUGGAGAUUCCACAACUCCUAUUCAAGACAAGAGGGAAACAAAUCAACCUCCCAUUAGAGUUGUACCUUUUCCUGUUCCUGUUGGAGGCCUCACGUUUGAUGGACAGCCAUUCUGGAACGGUGCACCUGUGGCAUCCCUUUUCUAUCCACAAUCAGCUCCUCCCAUUUGGAAUAGCAAGACAUCUACCUGGCAGGAUGCAACCACACAAGCAACUUCGCUGCAGCGUCCAAAAGAUAUCGAUCCUAAGCUGGUUGAAAAUGCAGAGGAACAGACUGCUCGAAGUCAUCAAAGUGCUAACCUGAAACAUCUGCGUAUUGAAAUCCCUACAGAUGAGCCGCGGCAUGUUUCUCCAACGACCGGUGAAAGCGGGAGUAGCACUGUGCUGGACAGUGCCAGAAAAACGCUCAGUGGCAGUGUCUGUGACAGCUCUUCCAACCACAUGAAUGCCCCUACUGAAUCCUCAAAUACAGUUAAGAUUUCUCCUGAAAAUCCUAGCACUGAAGGUUUACGACACCUGAGCCAACGGGAGGUUGCACUGAACAAGUUCCGGCUUAAGAGGAAAGACAGGUGCUUUGAGAAGAAGGUGCGGUACCAGAGCAGGAAGCUACUUGCAGAGCAGAGACCACGGGUUAAGGGUCAGUUUGUUCGGCAAGAUCAUAGUGUCCCAGGGAGCUAGGUGUGUGCACAUCGCAGGCGAUUGCUGUGCCACGGUUAUUAUCCUGGGUGGUCAGUGUCAGAUUUUGUUGAAAGAGUGAAAUAAUUUACACUGACCUACGGUCAGCAGUCUAUGCUGGCACUGCAUAUAUAGCACAUACAGGCUAACAUCUUGUGCUAGGUUAGGGCCUGGACUUCGUACAUUUGUAGAGUUUUGUCAGUAGGGAUCAUAUUUUGUUUCAGGUCAAGAUCAGACGAGUCUGUCAUGUAGCACGCGUGCUUAUGCUUUGUAACUAGCCAAAAGUCUGACGUGUAAUCUGGACGAACUCGUGUGUGUGUAGAUGUAAGGUGUCAAUGAUGUCCAAAGACAUGUUUUUGUACAGCUUUUUACACCGAACAUCGUCGUUGUAGCUUCA